AUGUCAAAUAGUGACUCUGAAGACAGCACGGCCAACUCUGGCCCGAAAGAUCUCUUCAAAUGCUGUCACUGUGACAAGGCUUUGGCCUCCGGUCAUUCCUUGCGUGAUCUCCAAAACGCCCACCGUGUGGUGAGGAAUGUCAUUGAAGCCCAUACCAACAACUUCAGGCACAUUGCUGAAGCUGACCCGUCAGCUGCCGCUGCAGCUGUUGCCGGUGAGGUGCGUCAGGUGAAUGCAGGCGGAGGUUAUUAUCAUCAGAUAUUGUACCCUACUGCAGGCCUAAUGGCAGUUGCAUGUGGUGAUUAUUUUGAUGCCCAACCCAAUGGAAUGAUUAGGGCAGAAGAUCAUGAACCCAACAAGGCCCCAGAAGGUAUUGUUAAUGUCACAAGAGAUUUUCUAGGGGAAUGGAAAUAUAACAGUACUAAUAGUGUUGGGUAUGGUGCAGCUGCAGAGUCGGAGAGGUCUUCUGAGAGGACUUUGACUGACCCAAUUUUAAGGGUUGGCCAUGGAGGGUUUGCUCCAGAGGGAGCUAGGGAUGAUGGUGAAAAGGAGGAGGAGGUGACUUCGGAGAAGACAGAAGAGUUAAGCUUGGAGCUGAAGCUAGGGUUUUGA